AUGCGUCGUUUGGGCAUUCAAAGCGGGGGAUUCAGGAACAUGAGAUUUUUGUUGGUCACCGGUGCAUGGCUCGCUGAAUCGCCUUGCUACGCCGUUUCCAUAAGGUCGACUAUGAAUGCAUCGAUCGGUUUGUUCAGAUCUGUUCAUAACACAAGUAAGAAAAACCACACUUCGCUGAUAACAGCCGAUAUGAAACAUUCUUCUUUUCAUAAGAUGUCGCUAAAUGCCCUGAAGAAUGAAUGUCGUUCCAGAGGCCUGAAGGUCUCGGGCAAGAAAGCAGAGCUAAUAGAUAGGAUAAUGACGUUCAAUGGCAGCAGUGGUAACAAGGCUGCGAAGAUGCAAAGAAUGAGCACAGCUAGUCCCGUAAGGGGACCUACAGCUGCUGUCAAAUUAAAGGUCCCCACUUCAUCAAUUGAAAUGUGCAAGACUCGAGAGGUUUCGACAGCAAGUGGGAAGCUUGAUUUCCAAACCAAGUCCUUUAGUCCCCUUAACAUAAACAGCGCAACGGAUUCUGCGAUAGCCACGGAUACUCAGGCAACGAAACAAGCGGACCUACGCGAUAAUAUUGUUAUGGGAGAUGAAUUAACUUGGAGGGAUAGACUUUUUCUAGCGGGCUUUGCUACCGUUGCGUUACUAUGGUGGGGUGCUCAAAGCUCGGAGAAGGAAACUGGUUGA